AUGGACAGUGAGGGAAGAACUGCCCUGCAUCUUGCUGUAGCUCAUCAGAAUGAAGCCGCCGUCAAAGUGUUGCUUUCUCUUGACAAGUGCAAAGUGUCAGCACAAGAUAACAUGAACCGUUCUCCUCUCCACUGGGCUGCAGUGUUAGGUAACCCUCAGUUAGUGAAAAUGCUGCUUGAAAAGAAUGCUGACUUCACUGCGGCCGACGGCAAUGGAGCGACAGCUCUGCAUUACGUCGCACAAAGCAACUUUAGUGAAACAGUCGCUGUGUUCCUGUCUUUCGACAAAAUUAAAGAUAUUCCCGAUAAAGAUGGGAGAACUGCUCUCAUGUGGGCUGCUGGAAAAGGAAGUGAAAAUGCGCUGAAGACGAUGCUGGAGCGCAACCUUGAUGUACACGCUACGGACAAAACAGGGGGAACCGCCCUACAUUCUGCAGCUUACUCUGGUCACGUGAACUGUGUGAAGCUGCUGAUUCAAUUCGGAGCCUGCGUUGAUGCACUGGACAUGCUUGAGCACACACCAAUCUACCGCGCAUGCGAGAUGGGACACACUGAAGUCGUCAACAGUUUGAUUCUGAAUGGUGCCACUGUGAACUUAGAAGACCAAGAUGGCCGAACACUGCUUCACUGGGCAGCUCUUGGAGGUCAUGCUCCUAUCUGUGUCGCUUUGAUAGAGCAGGGCUUGGCAGUGGACAGCAAGGACUCUCUGGGCCGUACGCCACUGCAGUGCGCUGCUCAUGGUGGGUUUGUCAAGUUCAUGACGGUGUUGAUUGAACAUGGCGCGGAGAUGGAUCACCAAGACAAGGACGGUAUCACCGCGCUGCACUGGAGCUGUGCAUCCGGGCAUUUGGAGGCUGUGAAGCUGUUGAUAAGGAACAGAGCCUUCCCUAACUUUACCGAAUUGGACACUGAUAGACUGACUCCUCUUGAUUACGCGAUCAUUGGUGACCACCAGGACGUUGCCCAGUAUAUGAUCGAACAAGGAGCGCUGACUAUUAAUGGCAUCCAGGACAUCGCGGCCACAACCAUUCAGAAGUGUUGGCGCGGUUACAACGUGCGCAAGGAAUUUGAAGAUCGGAAACCGUUGUUAGUAAGACACAACAGAACGUUACAUGGGAAAAAACGAGCAAGUGCAGCUGAACAAAAAAGAUCUCUGGACUUGCCUGAGAUCCAGUCUCCACGCAUUGUAUCCCCCAGCAUCAGAGAGGAAUCGCAUUGUAGCGUUUACGAUAGCGGAAUAAGCCUUGAAGCCAGCACAACGGACGAAAAUCAAGACAAACCGUGUUCAACUUCCAGUGAUGAACGAAGGCGUGCGCAAAAUGACAGUACUGCUGACGAAAUGUUUUUGUCAGGCGACACCGCUCAGGAAAACGCAACAGAAAGACUUGUGGCUAAUUUGUUACACAGUUCAAGCGAGGAACAACGUUCUUCUUCGGUAAAUUCUUCUCCAAGACAAGGAUCGGAAAAUAAUUUUCAAAAUAACUCGGACUUGAUGAGGAUUAUUUCUUCAGUGUUAUUAGAAGAAAACGUGGAACUCGAGGAAGGGUUAUUAUUUCAUGAUGAUAAAAACUUCCGGAGGUAUAGUGACCCAAAGAGGGAUUUGCCUGAGAAGGUACCAGCGAACAAAUUGCACAGCGUUACUUCGAAAUCGGAAGUGGCUCGAAGGGAGCGCGAACGACUUCAUUUAAUACGCACGAAAGUGAACGCGGCGGUUUUGAUUCAACGCUGGUACAGGAAGUGGACUUCGAUAAGGCGAGAACAUAUUGAACGCGAUUUGAUGUUUUCAGAAGUGAAAAAUGAACAGGAGGAACUCAAUAGAGAAGUCGCUGCGCUUACAAUUCAGCUGGCCUGGAGAAAACACGUGCGACUAAAGAUUGAGAAGAAUUCCACGAGAACUAAACAUCCAAAACCAAAGAAACCGCCACAAUCGACUCCUGCGUCGUGUAGACCUAAACAAAAUGGCAUUCACAUUUACGGACGUUCCAUUGAAAAAGGUCCGCCGAUAGGCUACGCGAAUUCUCGCUCCGCAAGCAAACGACGGCCAGGUUACAUGAAGUAUGAACCUUCGCCAGCCGCUAUGUCUUACAACAUGGCGAUAGAUUUGUAUCACCCCAUGGGAUCGAGGCAAGGUAACAGCCGCGCUGCCAUGGUAACUGGUAGCGCCAGAGUGAGGCCAGGAAGCAUGAAGCGGACUGUGAGUGGAUGGAGUCAUGAUGUUGGGUUUUUGACGAAAAUGAAUGGUCAGAGGACAGGAACCAGGAACCCCAGAACUUAGAAAGUUAUCGUCAAA